AUGACAACACCUAAAAAAUGGGCAUCCGUAGCUUAUUUGCUGUUACUUUGCUGGGGAGUGAGCUCUGCUCACAGGGCAAUUAAUAUUGGCGAGGAUAAAGCUUUACUAGUUGAUAAAACCAGAUUCCCUUGGCUUCCGACAAAUUGGAGGAGGGCUUGGCCGACAAAUGGGAGGGGGCUUGAUGGGCAGAUGGGAGGGGGGCUUGGCGGACAGAUGGGAGGAGGGCUUGGAGGGCAAAUAGGAGGAGGGCUUGGCGGACAAAUGGGAGGAGGGCUUGGUGGCGGUCAGAUGGGAGGAGGGCUUGGCGGACAAAUGGGGGGAGGGCUUGGAGGACAAAUUGGAGGAGGCAUUGGUGGAGGACAGAUGGGAGGAGGGGUUGGCGGACAAAUGGAAGGAGGGCUGGGUGGACAAAUCGGGGGAGGGCUUGGAGGAAUAAUUGGAGGAGGCAUUGGUGGAGGACAGAUGGGAGGAGGGGUUGGCGGACAAAUGGAAGGAGGGCUGGGUGGACAAAUCGGGGGAGGGCUUGGAGGAAUAAUUGGAGGAGGAUUUGGUGGACAGAUAGGAGGCGGGAUUAUUGGAGGUGGUAUUAGUUCCAAUCCAGGUUUUGGUGGCGGAGAUGAGGGGAAUUGUGGUGGCCGUGGAUGUAGUGGUGGUGAAGGCAGUGGUAGUUGCGGUGGCCAAGAUGGUGGAUAUGGAUGCGGAGAAAGUGGUGGUAGUUGUGCUGACCAGGGCGGUGGAUAUGGAUGCAGAGACGGUGGUGGUAGCUGUGGUUACCAAGGCAGUGGAUGUGGUGGAAGCUAUGGAGGUGGCAAUUGUGGCGGCGAAGGUGGUGAAAGUAACGGUGGGGAAGGCGGUGGUCAUUAUGGCAGUGUUCACCAUAACAAUCUCAAAACGACCUAUGUAUCCAGGGAGGCAAGCAAAAGCCAUGAACAAAAUGGCAACCAUGAAAUUGAAGACGGACAUGAACAAUGGAAGACGCCAACAGAUGAAAGUAACCGCAAUUCUGAAUCGCAUCAAGCGCAUGUUAUCGAUGCCAUAGCUCCACAAGUUCUGAACGCCAUUGCCAUGGCUCCACAAUCAGGCUAG